AUUUUUUUAAAUCAAAUAUACAAAGAAUUUCUUAUAUCAACAGGUUUACCGAUUCACUCUUAUAUUCCCAUCUUCAGCACACGUAUAUAGACAGGUAUCCAUAUAUGCAAGUGUGGUUUGAAGGUUAACUGGAUGCCACCUUCACUGACUCCACCUUCAGCGGUCCAAGCUGUAUAAAGAAGGUAGAAUCUGUUUCCCUCGCUGUCCUACUCUUGCACUAAAACUCUUAACACGGGAUCUGAUAUCGCCCUCCUCUCAGGAGGGCUGAGCCAGUGGACACAGAAGGCCUUCUAUCCACACAGACCUUGGCAGAGAGUCUUUCUCCAACUCUGCUUCAUCCACAGCCCCAGCGAUGUACUCUGCAGGCGUGGAGAUCCUCGGGAUGAUCCUGGCCGUGGCCGGUUGGCUGGGGGUGAUGGUGGCGUGCGGCCUGCCCAUGUGGCGGGUGGCUGCCUACAUCGGUCAGAACAUCGUCAUCUCUCAGGUGAUCUGGGAAGGCUUGUGGAUGAACUGUUCAGUACAGAGCACAGGCCAGAUGCACUGUAAGGUGCACGACUCCAUGCUGGGGCUGCCCAUGGACCUGCAGGCGGCUCGCGCUCUGGUCAUCGUCUCCAUGGUGCUGUGCAUCGUAGGCAUCUGUUUGUCAGUAGCCGGUGCCAAGUGCACCAACUGUAGCCAGGAUGUGAACAGUAAACCGAGGUUGGUGGUGGCGGCGGGAGUGACCUUCGUGGUGGCUGGACUGCUGCUGCUGGUGGCCGUGUCCUGGACGGCGCACGCUAUCGUCCUUGGCUUUUAUGACCCGCUCCUGGAGGAGACGGCGAAGAGAGAGUUUGGUAACGCUUUGUAUUUUGGAUGGGCUGCAUCCUGCCUGCUCAUUCUAGGGGGAGUCCUUCUCUGCUGCUCAUGUCCUCAGAGGUCGGCCACAACGCUGAGUGUCAACGCCUUCGCGCCUCCUCGGCAGGACUACGCUCCUGUCAAAACCAUGUCAGUGAAUGGAUACACCAGGAAGGACUAUGUUUGAACACCAGGUUCCUCUGAGUUCAUUAUCCUGCUGAUGAGAGACCUGUAGUCGAUAAAGUUGAAAGUAUCGUCAGUGGACUGAGCUGUAUGAGUAAGACAACCUUACAGGUUUUGUUUUUCACAGAGGUCGGGAUUCUUCUUCAUCUAAAUGAUUAGCAUUUAUAUUUGUGUUCUCCAUGCAUUUAGUUGGAUUUUGUACAUUUCUAAAUAAAUCAUCAUACAUUUAGUCGUUUCUUCUUCUCUGACCUGUUUUGGAUGAACCUUUGUAACUAAAGAGCCAUAAAUUGAUGCUCAUAUUAAGUGUAACACAAUCAGCAGUUUGGUAUGCAGAAACAGACCAGAUGCACAGCUCCAGCUGAAUCCAACCAAUGGGGAGCUGUGAUGGCAGCACGACACAGUUCGGUGUUUGAUUUCACUCAAAUUGAAUGAAAAGGAACAAAGGAACACUUGUUGGAGAGGAUCACCGUAUAUGUUCCGCUUUCGUUGCUGACCGUUCACCAGUUGGUGGACUGAAACUCAGUCAGAGAUUAAAGUCAAGAGGAAAUGCGACUCUGACUGUCGUUAACAACAAUGGCUCUCUUGAUCCAAGUGUUUAUUUUCGAACCACAGGUUUUUCUUGGUGCGACAAUGAUGAAUGACGUGUGUUUAAUCCAACUGUCAAAAUAAAUAUCAAUGGAUCUGGAGAAGAGGAUCCACUCAGCUGAACUUAAAAAAUGAAUCCACUACCGUUCAAUACCUUACAAUAUCCAUAAAAAACACAAAACAUCACUGACUCCAAGUCAUUAUGGUAAAACAAACUACCUUUAAACUCUGUGACCAAUUCUGUCUGCAUCUCAGUCCUGACCUUCAGAGCAUGGAAAUGGCGGCCAGUCAGGCAGUCGUCCACUAACUGCUUUUAGACGUGUGUUUACUCAAGCACAUGCAUGCAGCAGAAACUGGGUCACAGUUCACUACUCACUGGAGUCGUGUGACUUUAACCUUUUCCCACAACAAAUAAUGCAAAAACCCUUACAACCUGUAUUUUUCUACACAGAUACAGCUGCAGGGUAACGGUGAGGAAAUAUAAUCGUUAUAAAACAAUAAAAAGAUUUCAUUUCAAUAAAA